AUGCGGGAAUUGGAGCGCGGACGCGCGGAGUUGCUAAAGGUGCAGCGUGACUAUCGUGCGCUGGAGCGUCUGUUGCGUGCUAGCGGUCGGCUCUCGAUGUCGCGGGUGGAAGGAGAGGGAGGCGAUGAAGAGGAGCUUGAGGCGUCGUUCACGCAUGCGUCCACGCGUAACACGGAGGGUGUUGAGCUCGCCCAGUUCCUCCAGAUAUCAAGUCUGCAGACGGACCUUAUGCUCUCCCGCAGGACGUGCCACCAGCUAGAGGCACGCCAGGAGGAGCUGCGGACGGCCUUAGAGCGGAGCGAGUGGCAGCUUGCGUGUUUGCCGCCAAGCGCAGAGGAGAGCCAUGCGGAGCUGCGCCGGGUGCGUGGGCAGCUGGGAAACCUUCAGCUGGAAUACAGUCGCCUGCAGGAGCGGUAUGAAAGUUUGAAGCGGCAGCGCGUGGAGGAUGUGGAGCAGCUCCAGCAGCAGAACGAACGGUUGGUGUUGCAGCUCCGUGAGAAGCGGGACAAAUUGGGCGGUUUGACGCGGCAGAUGCGGGAGUCGGAGUUGGCUGCGAAGCAGCAAGCGGAGGAACUCCAGCAGGCGUUUAACGUGCUGGAGGGGCAGAUGCGGGUGCUGCGGGAGGAGGUGGGCUGCGGACAGCCGCAAGACCAGCAGGAGGGCCGCUCGCGGCGGCGGCAGCGCGCGCGGGAGGUGACGGAGGCGGAGAGCAAAAUGCUGCAGGGCCGCGUCACCUUCCUCGAGCACGCGCUGCAGCAGAAGGAGGCGGAGACGCAGCGCCUGCAGGAGGAGCUGCAGCGCAACGAGGCGCAGCUCGACCAGUUCGAGGACCAGGUGACCGUCGCCACCCAGCGGCUCGAGACGACCGCGCGCAAGAGCACGCAGCUCGAGCAGACGGUGGGCGAGCUGCAGCGGGCAAACGAGGAGCUGCGGGAGGAGCUCGGCGUCGUUAAGGAACGCGUGUUGGUCCACGCCGAACGCCGCACCUCGCAGCGCGCCGCCUCCACCGGCGCCCCAAGCCACGCGCUGCACGGCGCAAGGGAGCCCAGCCUCCCACCGGCGCGGGGCGAGGACGAGGAGCGCGCGACGCCCGCAGCGCGGCCUCCGGCAGCCGCAAGACGGCCGGCCGCAAAGCGGGGGCGCUCCAGCAGAUCCCGGGCGUGA